UCCUCUCUUUCUACACUGGAUAUCUCUUCAUUGCUGGCUGCACAGUCUGCUCAUAGCCAAAGGAUCCCUCUCACACCAAUCCAAGCUUUAAACCUGACCUUUUCCCUGGAAAACUCAGACAUUGCUCCAGAGGACCUUAUUGCCCAAACCUAAAGGUAACUACUAAUCCUUUAACCAAAGGAGAGGUGUGACACUCAGGAGCAACAGGACUUUAACCUAGUCAUCAGCGCAUCGAUAGUGUUUUCAUCUCUGCAAAGGCCUGCUUGAGAACAGCAGCUCUGCAGACUCCAGCCACAAAUAUGACUCAAAGCAAUGGAGAGAAUUCACAGAGGAGCCGCAGUGGUCUUCACCAAAUCCGAGCCGGGAUCCAGUCCAGGUCGUUGCUCGCCAAGAAGAGAGUGGAGAACAUCAAGAAGGACGAAGUGAAGGGGUUCUUCAUGAAAAAUGCUUUUGUCAUUCUAACCAUCACAGCUGUUAUAAUAGGUAUAAUCCUCGGAUUUUCUCUGCGUCCAUACAAACUGUCUUACCGUGAAGUGAAGUACUUCUCCUUUCCUGGAGAGCUGCUGAUGAGAAUGCUCCAGCUGCUGGUGCUGCCGUUGCUUGUCUCAAGUCUUAUCACAGGUAUCGCCUCUCUGGAUAGACGGGCUUCUGGUAGAAUGGGCAUCAGGGCAGUGAUCUACUACACCACCACAACUGUGAUUGCUGUGUUCAUUGGUAUAGUCAUGGUGCUUAUUAUUCACCCUGGAAAGGGAUCCAAGGACGAGUUCACCAAGCAGCAACAGAUAGAGCAGGUCAGCCCUGCUGAUGCCUUUCUGGAUCUUAUCAGGUAUGCCCCUGUUGGUAUUUUGUUCCUCAUUGCUGGUAAAAUUGUGGAAAUGGAUGACAUUUCUAGGUUUGCAAUUCAACUGACAUAGACAAGGAGAUGUCUUCAUGAACAUUUUUACUGUGUCUUAAGACUUUUCCUAUUACCCCCUCUGUUCUCACACAGCUCUGCCACAUUACCCAUCACUUUUAAAUGCCUGGAGGAAAACAACAAAGUAGACAAGCGUGUGACCCGUUUUGUUCUCCCUGUCGGAGCUACCAUAAAUAUGGAUGGAACAGCUUUGUAUGAGGCCCUGGCAGCCAUCUUUAUUGCACAGGUCAAUGAUUAUGACCUUAACUUUGGACAGAUUCUCACCAUCAGCAUCACAGCCACAGCAGCCAGCAUUGGUGCAGCUGGAAUACCUCAGGCAGGCCUGGUUACCAUGAUAAUAGUACUAACAUCUGUAGGUCUUCCCACAGAUGACAUCUCACUGAUCAUUGCUGUUGACUGGUUCCUUGAUCGAUUGCGCACCACCACCAACGUCCUUGGUGACUCCAUCGGAGCUGGUAUCAUAGAACAUUUGUCCCGCCACGAGUUGAGAGUCAGUGACCUAGAGUUGGGCAACCAGACGGUUGACCAGCCAGAAAAAAAGCCAUACCAUCUAAUUUCCCCAGAGAACGAAUAUGAGAAUGAGAAGCCCACUCCAGAUGACACUAAAAUGUAGUGGCAAGAUUUCUACGCUUUCUUUCUGAAAAAGAAAGGGUGCAGUAUUUAUCAGACAGUACUGCACCGUAUUGUCUGAUAAGACCUCUUGAAUUCUCACAAGAAAGUUUUUUUUUUUUUAAUGCAAUUAAAAGUCCUGCCUGAACACAUUUCAGGCCAAAUAAGCUCCACUAACGUGUGACGCUCCUCUUUACACCCUGCAGACUGGAAACAUUCUGUGGUCAUGUUGGCUGUUCUCAUGGAUACACUGUAGAAAAAAAAGUCUUUAAUUUAAGGUAAAAUACUGGCAACUAAACUUUAACCACCACUGCAGGCAUUUUACCAUAAAUUAGAGACUUUUUUUUUUACAGUGUAGGACAAAGAUCCAUCCUGAGAUACAUAACCAGUGUAGCCUGGCUGCUAUUUAGCUAUCUGUGGCCUUCAUUCCAUAUUUACUACUUCGCUAUAUGUAAUGACCGACGUCAUUCACUAGAGGGAGGUAUUUCUGUUAUUUUAAACACUUAACUAAUACGCAUCUCAUCAGAGUACAUAGUAAUGACUGCUUUGAGAUUGAGGCUUUUUGUUGUUGAGUAACUGCUGAUUUAUACGAAACCUUAACGUAUAGCUAUAGUAUACUUCUCUCUGUAAACUAAUGAAAUGUGUCAAAUAUCAUGCAAGUAGAAUAAUUUUCCAAACUCUUUGUUGCCAAAGGAGUUU